UUGGGAACAAGCCCUCUGUGUGCAGGGAUUUUGCCGUGCUCGGCUAUUGCGAGAAAGGUAUCGAUUGUGAAGAGGCACAUAUACGUGAAUGUCCAGAUUUUGCGACGAACGGGGUUUGCAAGAAUCCAAAAUGCAAAUUGCCACACGUCAUCCGUGCAAACAGGAAGCGAGACGUCGGCAACAGCGCCAACAGUACGACUGGUCCUCCCAAAGCAACCACAACACGUAACAUCCCAAACAAACCUGCAGAGAAUGAAGAGGCCCCCACACAACUCAGUAGUACUGACCCUCCACAGCUUCCCUUGAACGGUGUAAACUACACAUUCGAAGGCGGCGACGAAUUUAUACCUCUUACGUUUGUAGAAAGCGAUGACGAAGAGGAGGAAGGGGAAGAAGACGACAAAGACGAAGACGAGUCCGACGACAAUAGUGAAGAAGAGGAGAAACCAGUUGAUGCCGAGAGUCCUGAUGAGCCUGGGACCAAUCCAGGGAUAAAGAACAUAUGGACAUGGAGAAAUAAACGACCAGAAGCUAGGCACGAUGGAGGGAACUUAUGCCUCUGUGAUUUCUCGCAGACGACGAAUGGUACUGAACGAGGUCACACAAGUGAAAUGCUUCAACUCCUAAAGGGCCUAGACGUCGAGCGCUAUGGACCAAGGAAAUAUAUUCUCAGUGCAGGCGAUCGCCUUAGUGCUAAAAAGGCGGCGGAGUUUGAGUCCAAACAAUCAUUUCCUUCUGUGA